UUCUGCUUCAUGGUGUUGCUCUUCUGAAGUACCGUGUGACUGACACGAAAGGAAACGGCUGUCUUUGUCUUUACAUAUCAGACGUCACUCUGUGAAAGAGCAGGGCAAACGUUUGGGUGGAAAGGAAAGAAGGAAGAGAAAAAAAAAGAAGGGAGGGAUUUGGUUUGUCACCCUUUUUUUUUUAUAAAAAGGGCGUCAAUGAUUCACGGUUGGCUUGUUCUAGUCAUCAAACCCAGAACUUGUGGGGUUUUGAGGAGUAAGAAACAGGAGUUGUAGAGAACAGAAACGUUGACGUCCCAGCUUCUGUUCAGAAGGGUUGAGAUGAACCCGUGAAACAGUUGACAGAUUAAGGAGUUGUCAGAACUGCAGAGAUGAUGAGGCCCAAUCCUUGGAUUUUGAUCAUGACUAUCCUGCUUUCUGUGGCGUGGAGCCUGGAGCGAGGAACUAAUGAAAACCCCUCUGUGAACCCAACCAAAACCCCUCAGCCAUCUAAGUAUUAUGCAAACAAAAGUAAAGUUUUCAAUAACGGGAGCAAUGUUAAUCUAACGUGCAGUGAUAAGACGUGGAAUGAAGUACUUCAUGUCAUCUGGAAUAUAUACUUUCGAGAUCACUCCUGCAAGAUAACCUUCAGCAGUUCAGGUGAAGCUGGUGAGAACUCCUGCAGAGAUGGCAUGUCUCUCCGGAACACUUCCAGCGCUCAGUCGUACCUGUACAUCCCAAACUUUUCCACUGACGAUGUGGGAAUGUAUGAGUGCGAAUCCGUUUACAGGGGUGGAAGGGAAAAUUACAACAUCAAUGUGUCAAUCACAGUUGCUCCCAAAAUAUCGGCCUGGCUUGAGUACGACGGCAGCAAAACGGUGGCGGUCUGCAGAGCCGAGCAGGGAAACCCCGCCGCCAACAUCAGCUGGAGUCCUGCAGAAAACAAAUCUGUGAUGAGCAUGAACCCGUCCGAUGGGUUUUUUAACGUUGAGAGUCGUCUUUCUGAAGAGGAAUUUCCAGAAAACUUGACCUGUAUUAUCAGUCAUCAGCUGUGGAAUCAGGACAAGACUUUGGUACCAGACAGGAGCAAAAUGAAGGCUGCAGCAAAAGCUCAUUUGGCCUUGACAUGUACGGGAGCUGUUGGGGUCGCACUUGUAAUUUUGGGAGGAUUAGUAUAUUUUGCACUAAAGAAACCAACUUUAUUACCGUUCUGUCAACAGACAGACACCUCUACAUCUAAACCACCUAUGACAUCAGAGGAUGUGGAAGAAGUGGAGCCCUAUGCUAGCUACGUUCAACGCGUGAACUCGAUCUACAACUAAUUUCGAAGACGCGUUCGCACGAAAACCCUGCACAUUAACCAAGGUCACACAUCUAAAUGCACUUCUUGGAUUUCUUGAGAACCUGAUGGCUGUGAAACUGAGAAGAGGUGAAGUAAUACAGAGAGGAAGAGACGAGGACAAGAUCAAAGGCGGGUUUGAUAUCAACCCCGCCUUGGAAAACUGCACAGACACACACGGAACAGGGGAUGUACAAAACGGCACGCUUCAUCUCUGUUCAGGGCACAGGCUGCCCACGAAUACUACAAAUAGCAUGAGUCAUCAAUCAGGACGGAGAAUGUAAAGACUACAGAACUGAAGACUUUUACUGUUGAGGAAGGAACCAGUACACUGUAUCGAGAAAAAAGUAUUUUUCAAUCAACGGUAUAAAAGAUGCUCAUCAGAAAAAUUAAAUUAAAUGGUGCAAUUCAUGCAAGCAGUUUCUUUGGGAUAGUGUAAAUAAUUAUAUUGCACAGUGUAAUAAAGGAUAUUUAAACAACUUA